UGUUGUUGCCUCGGCAUGUAAGCGUUGCCGGGCAACGGACCGGUUUUCUUCCCAAUCCAAGUUUCUCAGUUGACUAGUGAGCAGCUUUGCGUGCUUUGCAGAUGCGGCAUUGUACGCGCGAGAAGUGACAAGUAAAGUGUCUAAAACAAGUUGAUUUAGGCGUUACUUACCUUACUCUGCCGGCAAUAUAGGCGUUGACGCGAAUCGUGUCUUUUGGUGUGUGACAAAAUUUAGUUGCAAUUUUAAAUUGUGAACAGAUCAAAAUGGCAACAGAAAUAACGAAUAAUUUGCCCGAAAACACCGAAAAGGAACUGAAGGAGGACGCGCCGGCAGAUAAUGGCCAAACUAAAGAAGAAGUGCCGACUGCUGGUGAAAAAACAGAAGAAAAGGCUGAAGAGAAAAAGGUUGACCCAGCCCCACCAAAGUCAACAGUCCAUAAAGCCAAUUUUGAGAAAGAUAUCGUAUAUCUUUACCAGUUCUCGCGAACUCCUUUGUUGCCGUCGACUUCUCCUUACUGUUUGAAAGUUGAAACAUGGCUUCGUCUUGGUGGUAUCAAAUAUGAGAAUGUUGACCACAAAGCCAAAUUCAGAUCCAAAAAGGGCCAAUUACCUUUUGUGGAACUGAAUGGUGAAGAAAUUGCUGACAGCUCCUUUAUAAUCAAAGAAUUGUCAGAGAAAUACAACAAAGAUCUAGAUGCUGCUCUGACGCCGGAGCAGCGGGUGGUGGCUCACGCAAUGAUCUCCAUGAUUGAGAACCAUCUCUCCUGGGUGAUCAUGUGGUGGCGCGCUAAGUAUCCUGACAGUGUCAUCAAAGGAUACCAAGUUAAUCUACAAAAAGCGCUGAAUACCCGCUUGCCAAAUCCGAUAUUAAACUUCUGCUUCAAGCUGACAUCUGGACGCAAGGGGAUGAAGAAGGCUAAAGCCCACGGCAUUGGCGUCCACAGCCAGGAAGAGAUUGUUGAGUUCGGCAAGAACGACUUACGUGUGCUAUCUGACUUGCUGUCCGAUCGACCAUUCUUCUUUGGAGACGAACCCACUCUACUGGAUGUGGUCGCGUUCUCAAAUCUCGCUCAGCUGCACUUCAUUGACAAGGAAGUUGCACAUCCCCUGCGAGAUGCGAUGAACGAUUCCUUCCCGAAUCUGGUCGGCCUGGUCUCCCGCAUCAAGGAGCGGGCCUUCCAUGACUGGGACGACAUUUGCACCACCCUGGACUUGAAUGCACAUCUUCCGAAGCCGGUGAAGGAGGUUAAGGAAACCAAGGAAGGCACCGGGCCAGCUGAGAAACAGCCGCUGCCUGAUGAUACGGAAAAGGGCAAGGGCGACGAAAAGGAGAAAGAACAAGAAAAAGAACCCGAAGAUAAGAAAGAAAAGGACGAGAAAGAAAAGGAGAAGUAAAUCAUCACAUUGACACGGCGCAGACUGUGCGGGCGAGGCGGCGAGUUGUGAGCUGCUCAUAGAACGCGUCUUAACAUUUAUGCCAUGUGCACAUGCAAUAAUAACAAGACUUGUGAGAUUCUAUAUACGUACAUGAACACCACAACAAAGCUCCUCCUCACCACCUUGCCUGCAUCAUAAGCAUGCAAGUUACACAUAAGAGUCAGACUCGUAAUACAUUCUGUAUAUUAUAAGCGUGUAAAUCCAUUUGUCUUUCCCGUUUAUUUCAGUUGUCGACGCUAGGGCGUCGUUACUUAUUAUUGUGCUUUAUGUUGAAAUGUAAUUUGUCAUUAAUAAAUUUGAUCAAUGUUGUGUCGUGAAUGACCAUUCAAUUAUUGGCAUAAAUUAUGUAAGAACUCUUCUCUCUUUGACAUUUUUCUGUAAAACUUAUUUGUGUGGUAAAACAUACUUUUGCUGCUUUGUAGUUUUUUCUUACUAUGUAUCAUUCCUUUACUUUAAAUUUUUAUGAAGUAAUUAAAAUUAUUGUCGGGUAAGUAAUUCGGUUGUUAAGGUACUUACAGGACUAGGUACAUAAUUUUGAACCGACAGAGAUAAGUAAUUAUAAAGUAAAUAGACAUAACAUACUGUAAUCAUAAUGUAAUGAUGUAGUUGGGAUAAUUCAUUUAACUCCACGUCUCAAAUUCUACAUAUUGUAGUGAAUCAUAUUUAGGGAGCAUAACAUGACUUAAUAAAGUCGGUUUAUCAAAUUAGACAAAUUAUCCAACUUGGUUAAUGAGAUCUGACAGCAUUUUACUCAAUGUGAAUUAUUCUACUAGAAUAUAUUAAGUCUAGUGUAAUAAUGAUACCAAAAAUUGUCGGAAGUGUAGUGGUUAAAAUUGAAAGUAUUGCUACUCGAAAAAUGAAGCUUGUAUUACUUUAAAUUGGAAUGGUGGUGGAAUGAUUAGACUGUUUUGAGAUUCUUGUACUCUGUUGGUUUUUACCACUAAAAUUUACAAUUUACAAAUUUUUGAUAAACGAAAAAGCCUGGAAGACUGUUUUUUCAUGUUAUUGUAUAAUUCAUAGUCCAUAAAAUUUUGAUAUUGUAUUAAUUGUUAAGAUUUAGGACGAAUGUACUCAAAUUUUUACAAGUACUAAAUUAAUAUUUAACUUUGUCGAUGAUUUGAAAUGGAGGAAAAUCACACAUUUAUUUAGUGUUUUGUCUCAUAUUAGUGGAAAUAUAUUAUUUUAAAGUAAGGAUAAUAUAGAGGAAGGCUAUUUAAGUUAAUGAUUUUUUAACAAUGAGAUUAAGUGUAACCCGGACGGCUUUAACUUUAAUUUAUACAUUCUCUCUGCAUUUCGAAUAUUCAUAUCGUUUCAAUACUCAAUUAAGACUGGUUUCGAGUCAAUAUUCUCGGUAAUUUAUUAAAAUCUGACUGAUUAAUUAGAUGACAUGUGAUCUUCGUCAAUGCAUUAGUUCUUUUAUUGAUUAUUUUUUAUGCGUUCACUGAAACAGGCUUAUUAUAGAAAUUAUUGAAUAAUCCAUUAAAAUGGUAGAUUAAAAUAGUACGUAGAUAAAUCGACUUACACACAUUCCGGUUCAUCUAAAAUUAUUCCAUAUUUAUGUGUUGUUCAAUGUCAGGGCAAGGUAGACUUAUUGGAUAUUUUCGUGAUAUCAUUCAUUGGCUUUGUUAGUAAAUCAACAACUUUUAAAUUAUUUGCUAUGCCAUGGUCCAUAUUCGUUUUUAUUCAGAUUUCUUUCUGCCAUUCCGCAUUAGAAAAUUUAAAAAUAUUAAUCCAUUUCUAUAUGGUUAAAUUUAGAAUAAUAUAACUUGUAAGCCUAGGUCUGGAAAUAUUCAUAUUGAUAAUUUUUAUCCUAAUUAUAAUAUUCAUAGUUAAACAUUCACAUUACAGUUCGAAUUAGGCUAGAGUAAGCGAUGUUUAGGACAGCGCGGACUUGAGUAUAUUCGAUCCGCUCUUAGACAUAAAGCCAAGUAUAAAAUAGAAUAUAGCAGAAUUUUAUUUGACGUAUUAAAUUUUAUUUUCUCGUUCUUCGGGUCGCUGGACUUUGCUCCCUUCCCGGCAACUGAACUGACCAUCACUGCCAUUAGUCUCAGAUAUAAGAAAUUAAGAAUAAGAAAGUAAUAAUAAAAUCAUAGUUUAGGAUUGAGGAAAUUACAUUCGGCAGGUAUUAAUUUGCCUCGUCCGAGCCUCACUUAAAUGUUUGAAUUACAUUACCAUAUUCAAUAGUUGUAGUGCUACAAUUCAAAAGUUUUAGACAUUGUCCCGCUAUGAGCCUGUUUCAGUGCUAAGCAACACGAAAAAAAAAAGGAUGAAAUGAACUGGGAAAAUUCGAGAACCAACGCACUCCAUCGCCCAUCGUAUGGCACAAUUCAUGGAGCGACCUACACUAUACGUAAUUGUUGCUAGGUGUCGAAUUGUUCGUGGAGUCGGCAAACGGUAACUCUAGCACUAGGUUAUGUAGUUAUUUUAGUAAGAUUAGGUGUAAUAUAAUAUUCUGAAUAUCACAUUGGCUCAUAUUAUACAACGUAAUAUUUAAUUUUGGGACAAUAAAGAGAAGGCUAGAAUUAUGACUCAAAGUUUUGAAUCUCGAUGACAUUAAGGAAAAUUUUUAACGAUUGUUGAUUGGGUGUGCUUUGCAUUAUGGUGGGAAUUUUAAACAUAACAACAAGUAUUGGUUUUGUUCCAAAGAUAAAGGUCGCGCCGGUCGUCUGUAACUAUGUCGUUCCACACAUGUGAAAAACACGUCCUCACAAAUUAAAUUCGAAACCAAUCGUUAUGAAUAAGAAAUCUAGCUAUUUCACAAUAUAUCGGUUGUUUGUAUUAAUUGUUUUAGUAUUAAACAAUAAGAUAGUAAUUUAACAACGAAGAGCUUUAUACGACGCUCACAACCAUUAUGUUCUACUUUGACUAGGUACGGAUUUCCCGCCAAACUGCGAAGAAUCGCUCGAAAAAGCAUUGGACGCAAAGGAUUAUCUUUAUUGUCUCACUAUGUAGAUGUAAUUUAUAUAAUACUUGAAUUAUUACUCUGACUCGACUUGUAUUGUAAGUUAGAACUAUUAUACAAAUUAAACAUAAUUACCGUUAAUAAUAAAUUACUGAAAUAGGUACGUCUUUCAAAUAUGUUUUUGUUAUUAUUAGGAUCGUAGGAUCAAAUUUAAGAUGUAAUAAUAUGCUUUAUUAUUGAUUUUGAAUAGGUAUCUAUAGUUAUGUUUUCUUUGUGUAAUCAUAAAUUAAUUCUCAUAUAGUAAUUGUGGUUUUCAAUAUUGAUAGUAAACAAUGUAAAUUAGAUAGUAAUGGUUCGCCAUAGACGUAUUGUUAAAUACAGCUGAGCUUUCAGUGAACAAUCUUCUCAUAUGGAUUUCAAUGUAAUAUUCUGUCGCCAUUAAAGUAUAUAUAUCUACCAAAACAAGAAUUCUGGGAGGAGUUUCGAAUCUGUUAUUGUGUUGAGAUCUCAACAGAUUCGUCGCUUCGAACGGAAUUGUUUUUGUCUAUAAAAUAUCACGUAAUUAAAUAAAAAAUCAUAACAAAAUCUAUACUAAUAUUAUAAAGCUGAAGAGUUUGUUUGUUUGAACGCGCGUUUUUCUUUUUGUGUCGAAUAGACCAUAUAUCGAGGAAGUCUGUAGGCUAUAAAACAUCACGCUGCAACUAAAAGGACCGAAGAAACAAUUGAAAAUGUGAAAAAAUAACGGGGAUAAUUAUUUAUCCUUGAGGGCUUCCGUUGCGUGCGCUGCGAAAACUGUUCAAGAUACCAAAAAUAUAUGUAUGAAAGAAUUAUUCCUCUUGAAAUAGUCUAAAAAAAUGUCCGCGACAGUAUAUGUCUAUCUUCUAAGAUAAACUCACUAGAAC